CCAUCGAUUCGUUGCACAGGAACACAACACACACGCACACAACACAACAAAACGAAACGAAACAGCCCAUCCGAAUUCCAUCGCAUCCAAACGGCGACCCGAAAAUGUUUCUGGCGAAAAAGGGAAUUGCCCUGGCGCUUGCCCUGGCGGUCUCCCCUGCGGAAGCCGCCGGCACCCGCAAAGCCACGGCCGACCUCAUCGAAUGGAUCCAAUCCACCGGCGGGCUCUACAACCCCCGGCAGGAGGAGCGCACCGCUUUCGACGGCCGCUCCCGUGGGGUCUUUGCCUCCGAGACCAUCGACCCCGGAGAGAUCCUGCUGAAGGUGCCCUGGGGCUCGAUCCUCGGAACGAAGCAGGCCACCCGGAGCCAGCUGGCCCUCCAGAAGGCCAGGGAAAUAGAGAUGGAGGCCGACUACCCCGACGAACGCACCAUGUUUGCCGAGUGCCGCGCGGUAUCGGCGCUGAUGGAAGAGCACGCCAGGGGCGGGGCCUCGUUCUUUGCCACCUUCCUGAGGUAUCUCUCGCUGCUGGGGGACGGCGCGGACGACCCCGAUCCCUUCUUCCCGCCGCCGCCCCCGGCGCUCUGGUCGGAGGAGGGCCGGGCCCUGCUGGAGGACAUCAACGACCACGGGACCCUCCCACCGCAGGGCCUCUUUGUCCGGCUCAACCACGACUGGUUCGGAUCGUGCAUCGAGGACAUUUCGAAUUCCACGGAGGCCAGGAUUGCCGCCGCCGUGUCCGCCCACGGCGGCACGGGGAACGUGCUCAAGGAGUUUGGCUUUGUCGUACCCCUCCUGGACAACGCCCACUACCGCCAGCGGCAGGACGGGUCGCGGCUCAAGAGCGACGGCCACAUCAACACGGAGCUUGUCGUCCAGGAAGGGGAGUACGUCGUGCUUCUGGCCACCCGCACGAUUCGACCCGGGGAGGAGAUUUAUCGGUCCUUUGGAGAUGCCUCCAUCGGGUUCGACGACGACGAGGACCAGGAAGACGACGAUGGUUUCGACGACGAGGCCCUCAUGGAGUUUGAAACGGGGGCCAUCUUCCGGGACUACGGGGUGGUGAACACGGAAACCUACCCCAAGUUCUUCCACUUUCGGAUCAUCACUUCGGACGACGUGGACGAAUCCCUGGGGAUCAUUCUCGACAAGCCGGAAAGCUUUGGCGACCUCGAUGGCAACGGCAACGGCAACGGCAAGGGCCUCUCUGCCGCGUGGGUGAUCGACGACGGGGAAGAAUACGACUGGGUCGAGAUCGAGAUGUACAUGGCCAGGGCCAAGAACCGCCUCGAGCGGAUCGGCUUUGGAAGCCAACCCGGAAACGGACCCCCGGCCAACAGCGGCCUCUCCGCGUACGAGUGGGAAACGGCCAGGGCGUACCACGCGAACCUGCUCGAGGCCGUUUCCAUGGCCGCGGACAAACUCGCUGCCAUGGACGGCGAAAACGCGGUUUCCUGCCCCGGGGGACUUCCCGCGUCCGGCGCUGCCUGCCCGGUCUGGGACGGAUUUUCCGACCUGCCCACCUUGCCGAUCGCCUUUCUGGACCUGGAGUUCGACGAGAACAAUCCCUACGGCCCGUCGGAGGACUCGUGAGUUUGUACGACCCCGGUAGCGGAAGCAAAAUGAAAACAGAUUUCUGCGCUCCGUUCUCACCGAGUUUUUGUUUCUUUUUAUUUCUCUUUUGCUGGUUGGUUGCUUGGUUGCUUCUUUGUUUGUCGCUGCCUGGAUAUCGUUCUAUCCUUACCAAAAUAUCCCAUGAACGAGUUAGGUACGCAAUGUGCAACGACGACUAUGUUUCGGAGUGGAGGGACUACACCCCCUGCGGCGAUGAGGAGGUCCUUAGGUCCCAGUAUCAGGAGAUUCGAUUCUUUUCCCACCCGGAAACCAAAGACACGGUCAUGAAGCUCGAUUAUACCGUUCAGCAGGUCAGCAGCUACCGGCCACACUACCACGAAUUCGCCGUGCACUACCCCGCACGGUUUAUCGACACGGUAAAGCGUGUUCUCUUUGUUGGAGGGGGCGACAGCAUGGUCCUCCACGAGGUGCUAAAGUGUGAGUAGCGAUUUGGUGUAUGCGUCUUAGUGAUGUCUGUUGCAAGUGGAAGCAAUGCCGGCAUCGAUGUUUUUCUCACGAUGGUUUCCUUGGCACUUUGUCGCUGUGGUCUAUUGAAUUUGCUUCGCGUGUCCACAGAUCCAUCCCUGGAACUCGUGGUCGGUUUGGAAUUGGAUCAGUAUGUGGUGCGAAAUUCCUUCCGUUAUUUCAACACCCAGCCGCAUUUUGACGACAAGCGAGUCGAAUGGUGGUUCGGAGAUGGCGCGAAGAGUCUCCUCAUGCUACCAAAAGAAUACUUUCAGUCCUUUGAUCUCGUCGUGGUCGAUCUGAGCGAGACAGUCAUGUCCUUCCAGGUCACGGACAAACUUAGCAUCUUCCAGACCCUCUCACUCUUGCUGACACCGGAAGGAAUCAUGCUGAAGAACGGUGAAUACUAUAUGGGAAAGAUGAGCCAGUACUUUGAUUACACGCUCCAGUAUUUUGAAUACGAUGUACCAUUUAUCUGCGACCAGGGCAUGGUGAUUGGCUCGAACAGUAUCGACUUUUUCAAUCGCACCAUGAAAGACCACGGUGUCGAGUUGCUUGUAUACGAGUCCCAAGACGAAAUCAACGAGAAAUUCAACGAGUACUAUCGGUUUACGGAAUACCGGAAGAACGACGCUCGCAAGCAAGGAAAAUGCGUGGACACUGACAACGAAUCCGACGACAGAGGAAGCACAAACGCCGGUAUAUUGAUGGUCGUGGAGGCCGAGAAUCUGACGUACAAAUUUCAAUCGAUCGAUUUCACGAAAGAGCUCCUCAUGAAGACCCUUACGACCAUUGGUUUUUCCACCCUUCCAUCUGAUGCGCACGAUUCUUCGAAUAUUGUUGUGGUUAUGAACGAGGGAUAUGUCUCCGCCCGUAUCUUUCCCGAACAAUCUUAUGUUGCGUUUGAUAUCCAGCUCUGGGGCAACUUCCAUCUCAUGGAAAAGGCCAGAGAUGGAUUGGUGGAGGCCUUUGGUGGCGCCGAAGACUCCACCUCGUCGUUCCGGAUUGUUACAGGAGGAAUGCAGGGAACACCCUCCCAGGAAAGCGACCGACAGACUAUCGGACCCCGCAUGGUCAACAGCCGCAACUGCGAAGAGGAUCCGCCCCCGGAUUCCGCUACCACCGCAACGCAAAGCAUCGAUCUUGUGGACGGGGCCCUCGAAGCAAGCCUGGGCCUGGUCGAGGAAGGACCAGUGACUGUUGCUGUUCUUUGUGGAGCCGAAGGAGAUCCCUGCAAAAGCAUCGAAGUGUUGUCGAAGGCUUCCGACAAGGUGAGAAAGGUCGUGCCCGUGUACACGUGCACAAGCCUGGAGCAGAGCAGCGCUUGGUUUGCGCCAGAUGUUUCCCAAAAGAUGGCCGACUGCGAGGCAAAAAUUGUAAAAACGCUGUCAAGCGACUCCCCUGACAAAAGGAUUUCCAUGUUGGUCAUCGACGACAGCGCCGACCACAUAAUGGGCAAAGUAUUGGUGGGUAUCUUCACGAGUACCUGGAACCGAAAGAGACUCUUGGCGUCCAGCCGCUUUGUAGCUUUCGUAAAUAAUAGUGAAACAUCGCACGCAUGGCGGCGAAAUGUGCUGGUGAAAAUCAGGAAGCAGGUCAACUACAAGCCAAUGAGCUUGGUCGAUUUGGUACUGGAAGACACCCAGACAUCGUCUAUGGUAAGCAUUCUAUCGCUCCACGAUCCCGACUUUUUCUUCCACCAAAAAGAAAUGGUCGAAAGAUUCAACACAAAGCAUGGGGAUACUGCCGGUGCCACCAUGGAGGUCGAGAGUGUCUUUGAUGGCCUUCCCGCCCCGCAACCAGGACACUUUCGUCCCAAGAAGUUCAAGGCGGACGACUACGAUCCGGAGCCUGCCAAGGAACAGCACAAGGAACAGCUUUCGCUGGGCCGCCAGAGCAUUGUGCAAUUUGAAAUCUCUGGCAAUGGCCAUGUUGUCACUGCGGAAAUCCUUCAAAACGCGCUUCAGCGAGCCUUUGGGUCGAGCGAAAACGCCUUUGAGUUCUCAGCUUUCGAGAAUAAUAGUAUUGGUGACGGAUUGGUCGUCGUGGCGUUGUCCCAAGAAUUGGCCACAAACGUGGUGGUCACAUGGGACGGAAACCUCCACCUAAAUGUCAAUUUGUUUGCGAGGGACGUGCAGCCCCGACUCAGGCAGCAAUUCAUUGAAGAGUUUACUAGUACGCUCCGAAUGGCAAAAGUGACACUUAGCGACACCCAUCCGAGGGGCACCGGCCGCGUAGUCAGCUUUCCAGGCCACAUCAAUUAAAACUGAAUUUAUUGAAAUGAAUCAAAGCAAUGACUAUUGUAGACUCAAACCACCCCAGUGGUCGUAUUGCGGCAGCACGGUGCAUACACGUUGUCGUACCCACAUGACAAACAACACACGAGUCUGGUUGAAACAGUCGAUGCUAUAGGUUCCAAUACUGAUUUAUUCCAAGUUCACUUUAUUCCUUUGGUAAGGAACAAUGUCCCUACAUUCCACCGUCUUCAAGACAUCAAGUAUCGUGCGAUUCGAGGUAAAUACUAGUAGUAAAUUGUAAUCACCCGA